UGCCACAAACAGGUGCUGCACUUUGUAUUCGUGACGUUAGUCGAUGCUGCAAAUGCGUCUGUCUCAUUUCCACGUCACGAAACAUUAUACGCCAUCGUUAAAGACUCGAAGCUGCGGUACCCAGAAAGGAGGAGAGAAAGACGGGGAGAGAGAGAGAGAAGGAGCGACACACGCGAGGACUAUGACUGAAAUAAAACAAAAAAACUAUUGAAAUCGUGAAUUCUUGAAUGGAAAUUGGCAUGUCACCCUGGAGCAAGAUCAUCGCGCUGCUGAUAGCACUCCUUGUAAGAUAUGCCCGCGCUGAAGGAGAAAUCGCCGUCCACACAGACAUGGAGGUUGCCAUCAAGGAGGGCAGCGACGCUCUCCUGUCGUGCACCUAUGACUGCACGCCCCACGGGGACAACCACACGGUGGUGCAGUGGUGGAAGGGUAACGAUGAACAGGUUUUCAUCAAAAACGGCAAGGAGGUGAACAACCACCCCCGAGUUCAAUGGAUGGGCAACCUGGCCACGUGCAAUGCUUCCAUUGUGAUGCGCGAGGUGCUGUUGAAAGACUCGGCUCAGUAUCGCUGCGAGGUCUUCCGCAUCCCCUCCUACAACGAGGGGCGCAGCGUGGUAGAGCUGCACACGUUACCCUCCACAGAUCUCAUCAUCUACGCACCAACUGAAGAGACCACCAAUGUUGGAAACGAUGUUCUUCUGAAGUGCUCCUACUUCUGCAAAGGCCCCAGGGAUAAGUUCACGCUGGUGCAGUGGUGGAGAAUUCAAGACGGCAGGGACGAGAAGGUCUUCACAAAAAACGGCCAAGAUCACGUCGUCGACUCGCGGUUCGCGUGGCGUGGGAACGAGACGUCGUGCGACGCGUCCAUUUCCAUAAAAAACGCAAGCCUCAGUGACGUGGCCCAGUACCGCUGCGAGGUCACUUACAUCCCGUCGUACAAACAAGGCAGGAAGGUGAUGCGUCUCAACGUGCAGGCGCCACCAGAUACACCAAUUCAAACAACGCCCAGAAUAAAUCCAACAGCCAACUACCCGAUUCCAGAUGAAAAUCCACUGAUCACAGUUAUUGUCGUUAUAGUAGUAUUGCUUCUUUUCGUCGCUUGCGCUUUCCUGGGCUUACGAUAUGGGAAAAAUUUUUUACAACGAUGCCGACAACGAAGGGAACAAAGGAACAACAGAGAUCCUCCAGGAAAUGGAGGACGUAAUAAUGAGGUACCAGAGGAAAUUCCGUUGCAGUGAAAGCCCUCGUCUGAAGGUGCUGCGUCUCAACGUGUCGAGCUCAUGAUCGCGAACACCGAGAAAGAAGAGGCGACAUCCUGGCGGGUCAGGGGGGGAUUACCAACCUGCCCUGACCAGCAGGGUGAAGUAUGAUGAAAAUAGGACUGCAAGACGCCUCUGCAGCAGUGGGAAUCCCCGAGCAUUUUUGACCAUAAUUUAUCACCUCCAGCCGGCGUUUCCCACUUCAGAGGCGUCUUGCAAGGCUACUUUCACAAUGUUUCCUCACGGUGAAAUGUGGUAAAGAUUUGUUGAAUAAAUCUACAUCUCAGGGGCCAUUAGAUAAUAUUCCUUAGUGAUAUAAUGCCACUAAUUUCCAAGAGAUUUGACCAAUUUGAAAAUAAUGCUGCCUCGCUAAAUCAUUUAUGUUUAUAUAUGUGAAAAACAAAUUUAGUUGCGUCUGAAAUUAACGCCAAGAAUGUACGUUGCAUUACAGUACAAAUACUAUUGAUAUUAAUUCGUCAUCUUCAUCAUCAGCCGUGAUCUAUCUAUGAAUGAAUGAAGGUUCUACCCCUAAGCCAUCAGUCACCAUCUCUCAGGGUCUGCCAGAUGCAACUAUCCAUCCUGGAGUUGCACACUAGCUGCUUUCAAGGAAAACAAACAAUACAAAAAGCAAAUGUAAAGACAUGCGUUUUCAAUCUACAUGAUGUGAAAGUGUGUAGCUACAAUGCUUCAUAAUAUCGGCAGGAAGAGCGUUCCAGUUGGCUGCAGAAGCGCAUCUGAAAGCGCGCGAUGCAGUAACCGUAAUCUCACCCCCCCCCCCCCCCCCCCCCCCCCCCCCCCCCCCACUUUGCGCAAUCGUUCAAUGUAAAUUUGGUCAUAUCAUUCUUUAUUGACAGAUAAAAUAAUCAAGGCAAAAAGCACAGUGAUUUUCCCACCAAAGCAUUGUCUUGCUAUUACACAAAUUUUUUACCACUUGUUCUGUUAUUGCUAUGUUCAAAAUAUUUAGAUAAUGCAAUGCAGUAUAAUCCUCAUGUCAUACCAUAUAUUUGAUUGGAAAUCGGUAAUACUACGAUUUGUGAUUUUUUUACGGCUGAUUGUGCAGGUAUACUUAGAAAAAUAACAUUUAUAGUUACAUUCAAUAAGCCGGGGUGAAAAUGAAGGAGGUAUAUCGCCGUGGUGGGAGAUGUGUCAAGUAUGGAGAAAUAAAAUUC